AUGCCAAAAAUUGUAGCCAGUCGGCAGAGCACUGAAACAAUGGAAGUAAAUAGCAAUAUUGAAAUACCUGCUGAAAAAUCUACUAUUCUCACGGGUCACAAAUCCGAAGUUUUUGUUUGUGAGUGGAAUCCAAUCACUGAUUUGCUUGCUUCUGGAUCAGCAGAUAGUACAGCGCGUAUUUGGGAUAUGACGGACAUGGGUUGUCCUUCUCAAUUCAUAUUGAGACAUUGUAUUCAAAAAAGAAGAACUACGGUAGUACCCAGAAAUAAAGAUGUAAUUUCCCUUGCUUGGAAUUGUGCUGGAACAUUAUUAGCCACUGGUACAUAUGAUGGUUAUGGUCGAAUUUGGAAUAGAGAUGGCAGAAUAUCAAGCAUUCUUGGUCAACAUAACGGUCCAAUUUUAGCUAUUAAGUGGAAUAAAAAUGGAAAUUAUAUACUCAGUGCCGGAGUUGAUAAGGCUACUAUUAUUUGGGAUUCUGUAUCAGGCCGGUGUAAGCAGAAGUUUGCAUUCCAUACGGCACCAGCAAUUGAUGUAGAUUGGAAAUCAAAUUUUAGUUUUGCAUCAUGCAGUGUUGAUCAGAUUAUUCAUGUUUGUAUUUUAGGUGUUGAUCGACCAGUAAAAACAUUCCAAGGGCACACAAAUGAAGUUAAUUCAAUUAAAUGGAAUCCUGAAGGAAAACUAUUAGCCUCUUGUUCAGAUGACAUGACUUUGAAGAUAUGGUCUAUGACACAAGAUACUUGGGUGCAUGACUUACAAGGACAUACAAAAGAAAUAUAUUCAAUCAAAUGGAGUCCAACCGGUCCAAAAACAUCCAAUCCAAACAUGAAUCUAAUACUGGCUAGUGCAUCAUUUGAUUCGACUGUACGUUUGUGGGAUGUUGAGCGAGGUACAUGCAUAAAAACUCUAACCAAGCAUAAUGAACCUGUCUAUAGUGUGGCCUUCUCACCCGAUGGAAAGUUUUUGGCAUCUGGCGGUUUUGAUAAUUAUGUUCACAUAUGGUCAACACAAAGUAGUCAAUUAGUUCAUAGUUAUAAAGGAACAGGUGGUAUUUUUGAUGUUUGCUGGAAUUCUAAGGGUGACAAAAUUGGGGCAAGUGCAACUGAUGGAAGAGUAUUUGUAUUGGAUCUACGAAAACUCUAA